ACCGUCGUGACUAGAAGAUUCCAAGAACUCAGCUGUGCUAUUCUCGACUCGUCUCUCACACUUCUUCUCCUCGAGUUAGUUGAUUCAGCUCCAAAGUUUAUUAGGGUUUUACUCCACUCCCGAUUCUCUGCCGUUAUUCUCCCUGCUUUCGCUACAUUUACACUGCCCACCGAUGGUCCGGUGCUAUGGCCUCCGCCUCGCCCGCCGCUCUCUUACGUCUCUUCUGCGCCCCAAUUCCUAUUCAAUUCUUUGCUAUUCCUUCUUCAAGGGAGGGUGUAGGGGCGUCAGCGCGGCACCGUGCAGUCAUUUCAGGGGUCUUUUCUAUUUAAGUAAUGGAGAUGCGGGUACCGGCAAGAAUGUGUUAAAGCCAGGCUUUUGGAGUGAUAUUAUAGGCGCCAAACGAUCAAUUCAUGGCACUGCACAAUUAUCAAGAGAUUUCUAUGAUGUCCUUGGUGUCAAUAAAAAUGCAACAGCAUCCGAAAUCAAGAAAGCUUAUUACGGGCUUGCAAAGAAGUUGCAUCCUGAUACUAAUAAAGAUGACCCAGAAGCUGAAAAGAAAUUUCAAGAUGUCCAGAAAGCAUACGAGGUCUUGAAGGAUGAAGAAAAGCGCCAACAGUAUGAUCAGCUUGGGCAUGAAGCUUUUGAACGUGCUGGUACUGGUGAAGGUCCUGGGUUUGAUCCAUUCGGAGCUGGUGGCUUCAAUCCUUUCCAGGACAUAUUCAGAAAUGCUGAUAUUUUCAACAUAUUCAAUAGGGACAUGGGUGGCGAAGAUGUUAAGGUUGCUGUUGAACUAUCCUUUAUGGAAGCUGUCCAAGGAUGCACCAAAACACUGUCAAUAAUGACUGAUUUAACUUGUGAAACUUGUGGUGGAGCUGGGGUUCCUCCUGGAACAAGGCCUGAAACUUGUAAACGCUGUAGAGGUUCUGGCAUGAUUAUCUCGCAAAAUGGUCCUUUCACUCUUCAAUCUACUUGUCCAAGUUGUGGGGGAGCUGGAAAAAUUGUUUCGAACUUCUGCAAGUCUUGCAGGGGUAAGCGGGUAGUAAAAGGGCCAAAGACAGUGAAGGUGAAUAUCAUGGCAGGAGUGGACAAUAAUGAAACCCUUAAAAUGCCCAGAAGUGGUGGGUCAGAUCCUGAUGGAAAUCAACCAGGCGAUCUUUUUGUUAUGAUUAAGGUCAAAGAAGACCCAGUGUUCCGAAGAGAAGGGGCUGAUAUCCAUGUUGAUACAGUUUUGAGCAUCACUCAGGCAAUUUUGGGAGGAACAAUCCAGGUUCCUACACUGACCGGGGAUGUUGUUGUUAAGGUUCGCCCUGGCACUCAACCUGGGCAAAAGGUGGUCUUGAGGAAAAAGGGGAUUAAAGUCCGGAACUCAUUUUCAUUUGGUGAUCAAUAUGUGCACUUCAACGUUAGCAUUCCCACAAACCUGACCCAGAGGCAGCGCCAAUUGAUCGAAGAGUUUGCUAAAGAAGAACAAAGAGAAGAUGAUAAGGGGGCAGCUGCAGGAGCAUCGGGCUGAAUACCGAGAUAGAGAUAGCUGUAUGUCCUGAAAUCUAGAUAGGCAGAGGGAGAGAAAGUGAUUAAACUUUACUUCUUGGCUGAAGCUUUUUCAGCCAAGCAAUUUUUGGUGUUUGAGUUUACACCUUCCCAUUUGGGCUGGAAGUGUAACAUUCUUGUAGUGACCAUAUUUAUUAUAGUUCGAUAAAGGUCAGGUUUUCUUA